AUGGAGAUGUACGAGAAUCUAGGUCUAGUGGGAGAGGGUACUUAUGGAUCAGUAAUGAAGUGCAGACACAAAGAGACAGGACAAAUAGUUGCCAUCAAAAGAUUUCAGGAUCGAGAAGAUGACAGAUUAGUAAAGAAAAUUGCUGUGAGGGAAAUACGAUUUCUGAAGCAAUUUAGACAUGAAAAUCUGGUAAACCUUAUUGAGGUGUUCAAGCAGAAGAAACGUUUAUUCUUGGUGUUUGAAUUUGUUGAUCACACUGUUUUGGAUGAUUUGGAACGGUUUCCAAAUGGUUUGGAGAGUAAGAGACUCAGAAAGUGCCUCAUUCAGGUGUUGAGGGCCACAGAGUAUCUUCACAAGAACAACAUAAUUCAUCGCGAUAUCAAACCUGAGAAUGUCUUGGUGUCAGGGUCAGGUGUUGUUAAACUAUGUGAUUUUGGCUUUGCCCGUACAUUGGCUGCACCAGGAGAGACUUACACAGAAUAUGUGGCCACUCGCUGGUACAGGGCUCCAGAGUUAGUAGUCGGUGACAACAAAUAUGGAAAGCCUGUAGACAUUUGGGCAUUUGGAUGCAUGAGCAUUGAAAUGGCGACAGGAAGUCCUUACCUGCCUGGAAACUCUGACUUAGACCAGAUCCAUAAGAUAGUGACUCAAGUGGGAAAUUUAACACCACGCCUCAAGAGUCUUUUUAGCAAAAAUCCUACAUUCGCUGGGGUAUGUCUACCAGAUAUCCAGAGACCAGAAUCACCAGAAAAGAAGCUGUCAAAAUGUAAUCCUUUGUUGACUCUGCUGGUGAAGAAAUGCUUACAGAUGGAUGCAGACAAGAGAGCUUCAUCCACAGAGCUUCUAAAACAUGAAUAUUUCACAGCAGAUGGAUUCUCAGAGAAAUUUAUCCCAGAGAUUCAAGCUCAAGUUCUCAAGGAUAUGAAAGAUAAUCCGCUGUUGAUAAGAAAGCGUAAAAACAUCAGCAAAGAAAUUACAGAAUAUGAAAAGGCGCUGUUAGCUGUAAAACAAAGUGGUAAAAAGCAUGGAAAGGACACAAUAAGAGACAAAGAGCCUAAAAGUAGGAAAUACAAACGUAUUAGCUCAAAAGGAGAGACAAUAAAAGGGGAACAAAUGGAUCAUCCAACUGUUUGGAAAUCUUCUCCAAAGCCUCAGGAAGCCACCCUGGGAAAUCCUUUUGCAGGAAUUGAAGGAACUGAAGGAAGUCCCAUGGGAACUGAAGGAAAGCCUACUGGAACUGAAGGAAGGUAUAGUAAUGGCAGUAAAGCAAAUCCAGCGGUUACUUCUUUGAAGGAUUUGAACAAUGGUGGGGAAGGUUUGAACAACACACCAGCUGCCAGCAUCCCUCCCAUCGGCAUGCAUGCCGGAAUGACCACUUCUGCGUCUCCUAAUAAAAAUCUCAAUAUUGACACCAACGAAACUUCAAUAUCGAACUCAAGGACACAAGAGAAAGUGAAAAAAAAAGCAAGCCCUUGUGGCAACCAGAUACCCAAAACACUUCCAGCACCAGUAAGUGAUUAG